CAAGGUCCAUCUAUAUCUGGAAGGGUUGAGCAAGCUGGCCCAAGCACACGUUCUGUUACAGGUGAAUAAGAGAUUACUAAUUCAUUGUAUGUGAGAAUCACAACAGCUCCCUGACAGUAACCAGCUACUAAACUUUGUCUUCUAUCUAUUAAUUCUUCAAGGUUCACAGCAGGGAAGUAUCUUCUCCUCUUUUUGGUACCUCUUAUAGAUCUUAAAAAAAUGAAUUUCUUCCAUGCUGACAAAGGAAGAUUCCGAUACCUUCUUUGGAUACUUUUUGAAUUUUUUAUUUGACGAGCACCACAGUUGUUUAAUAGGGUAGUAUAUCCUUCUCCCCCACCUUCCCCCACCACGCCCUGAGGACACUAGCAACCAACUUUACAGGGCUGUCACUAAGGGCUGGGAGGUGUGGAUUUCCCCUGGCUGCUAUGAGCAUGACCCUUGGUUACUUUCAUAGGAAAUAAAAGGAAAAUAGGACCAAAAGAAUUUUCAGGAUGUUCCAUUCCCUGCUCUGAAACUUGAAACCAUAGUGACAGCCUUGAACUCUAACCAGUAAGCUCUCUGCUCUAGUGGCUUUAUGUUCUGGUAUUAGAUCAUUCUAGAACUCUACCCUCUGAUUGGUUGGAAAGGCCAAAGAAAUAUUUUGUUUUGUUUUUUUUCCUGUUUUGAAAAUAUUUUGAACUGCAACUGCUUACUAGAUCCCUUUCAGAAUCAACUCAGUGUGCAGCUGAAAUCCUGCAUAACCAAGUUUAAAACAUAAAUUUAUUGUCUAAAAUUGUGCACACUGCGACCAGACAUCAUUUAGUGAAUUAAAAUGUCAGUAUCACCCUCAAUUCAGUAAAACUUUCAGUCCCAAGACAAGCUGCUCAGUGCUUUUUGUUAUAAAAACUUUAUUAUUCAGAUCCAGAAACUAAAAUGUGAGCCGUAAAAAAACUGACAUAUUGAUGAACAUCCCCAAAUACUUUAGAAUAACUGUUGUUUUAAAUGUCUCACUUCAAUUUUUAUUCUAUUUUGUUUAACUCACAGACCUGUCAGCAGAGAAACAGCCCUCUAGCUCUACGGCCACUAAGGAGGAGUUACCAGGUACUAUUAUAUCAAUAAAGCAGAAAUGGUACCAGAAAUACAGUAGAUUAAAACCGCUUGCUUGAAUAUGAAAAUGACUUUUAUCGUUUGUUAUAUUGCAAUACAAAAUGAUCUUUAUUGUCACAGUUGUUUAUAUUUAUUACAGAAAUAAGUAGCAAAGAAGUAUGAAUUGAUACUUCAAGCAUCAAAUUCUUUUUCUCAUUCAAUUUUUCUGUUAGAAUUUUGCUAAGGUAUUUUUAACUUGCAUUAAUCCUCGAGGCCAGUUAUAAAAAAUAAGAAUUAUUUUUAGCACUCAACCACAAACGUCACUAACGGCUUUGGCAGGUAGCCCUCUAUUGGUGUCUCCUCCCUGAACCUCUCUUUGUGGGGUAACGCCCCUUUCACUUGCUUUACUGAUGCAGUCUUCAAAGACAUUUACAUAUAAAUUUACUCGCUCAAGGCUGCCCAUCCCGCCAUAUUCAUAAUUUGUAAUUGUAACAAUUAACGAUUCUUUAUUUAGCUCACGGUGAAAUUACAUUUUUAACUUUUUUAUAACUGAAAUUUGUGCUAGGUUAUAACUUUAUAAUACAAGAGAAAUAUUAAGUGCGAGCUGGGAAGCGAAAUAUACUGUUAGAUUUUCUAGUUAGCUCCCCAUCCAGUUAAAGUCAGUGUGUAAGCAGGUGAAAAAGAAGAAAAUUGAAUAGAUAAAUGAAUUAAUAAAUUGAAUUAAUAAGGAGCAUUCCUUCAACGUUUGAUCAUAGUAUUUACAUUCCUACACUAUAUUCUGGUGUUUUAGAGCCCUGAUAUAUACAUGCAUUGUUACUUACAUUUCUGUUGGUGUAUCAUGAGUUGAGGAUAAUUUGUUUUUAAAUAUGGAAACUUUAUUUAUAUUCGGUGAUCUGAUCACUUUAUAUAAAUGAGGGCCUAUAUUUUGUGCGUCAACUACCUCCCUUUAACUUUCCUCGCCUAUUAAGAUAUCAAGUUUUUAACAAACAAUUCUUUAAAAAAAGGAACGUAAAAUUUUCUUUAACAGAUUCUCUCUGCCUCAAGGAGUGCCAGAAACAGCUGCGAUCAAUUUAUGAAACCAACAGCAAAGUCAAAAUCGUUCCGUGGGACCAAAGCUCUGCCGUUCAUAUCGAUGAAAUUUACACCCACUUGUCUUGGCUUAUGGAUGAGAAGAAGCCCAGCGGAGUAACACAGAAGGAACUUAAACACUACACCGACAUUUUUCACAGCGGAAGACUUCAUCAUAAGCCUAAGCGCAUUUUGGUUCACGGACGACCAGGUAUAGGCAAGACCGUUUUUACGCAAAAAUCUACAUUUGACUGGUCCCAGCACAGAUUUAAAAGAAAGUUAGGAAGAUUUGAUCUCGUACUUUUGGUCAAAUUACGCGAUGUUUGUAACCUCAACGAUGUCCCAGCCAUUCUGAGUGCUGCUAAUCUUCUUCCGAGUGAUGGCCCAAUUUCCACUGACAACCUGUACGAUUACGUUCGUCACCACCAAGAAAAAGUGUUGCUUAUUUUGGACGGCUACGAUGAAUACGUAUACAGCGCGGCAAGACAAUCACCUGUUCUUGAAAUCUGGGAGAAAAAGCAGUUGAGGGAUUGUUGUGUUAUUAUAACGUCUAGAGACAUGAAAGGAGAGGAAUUGAAAAGUUCCAGCGAUGCUCAAUUUGAGAUCAACGGUUUUGACCGUAAGCGACAAAAAGAGUUCGCCCGUAGAUUCUUGAAAGAUGAUCAAGAUGUGAAGGAAUUUUUUCGAUAUUUAGAGCAACAAGACCUAAAGGACAUAGCAAAAAUACCUAUUUUACUUUUAAUGUUGUCGUUGGUUUGGAAAGAAAAGGAUCGUGAAGGACUACCUUCGUCACGGGUGAUGGUGUACUUCAAGUUUCUGCAGACUAUGUUUAAUCAUAUGUCUGAAAAACAAAAAAAGCCGGCGGAAAAAGUUGACGACCACAAAGAAGAACUCUGUAAAGUAGGAGAACUAGCCUUUGACGCACUUCUACAAGAUUUACUUUAUUUUCCUCUCAGUAAACUGCCAGAUCCCGUUUUGACUGAGAAACUGAUCGAGGUCGGGUUGUUUCAGCUGCUAAACAUGUCCGCUCUUAACCCGUGCAAAGCCGUUCAUUUCAUUCACAAAUCCAUGCAGGAGUUUUUGGCUUCUUUAUUUCUGAAAGAAAAACUGUUAUCUCAAGAAAGUAAAAACAAUUCCCUUUUCAAAGUCGACUCAAUUGAAAAGAUCUUCAAGUUGAAUGAAGUUUUUAAAUUCGCUGCUGAAAUGUCAGAAGAAGCCGCGCGCGAGAUCUUGAUUCAUCUGUUGGGAAUGGCGGCGAAGGAAGACGGAGAGUACAGCUUCGACAACCAAGCACCGUCAGUCGAAGAUUUGUCAGAAACACAAAAAAAUCUUUUAACUCUAUGUACACAGUUUUUCUUCUACUGCUCAGCAGACACGAGAUCAGAACUUUUGCCCACUUUUCUUUCUAAUCUAGGAGGUGUUUUGUUCAUAUUAAAUCCUGACCAGCUGAAUAUUGCAGCAAAGGAAAAUUUUGUUAAAACUACCGCUUCACUUAUGUACAUAUUUUUCUCAGAUCGCAACCAGUAUACAGAGCAAAGUUAUAAUAAUUUAAUAACUUUAGCACAGCAAUUAAACGCUGUUAUAGUUAAUAGAACAGGAGAACAAAAAGCAUCAGAAUUUUUGAAUGUAUUUCCAUGGCGUAGUGUUGACGAGUUUUUUUUAAUGAAAGAAGAAAACAACACUCACCUUUAUUUUACUGAAAUUGUAACACCUCUUCCUUUUAAAAUGGUAAAGACGUUAGUUAGUUUAGAAGAGACAACAAAGAAGACAAACAUGAAUGGUGAUGAGUCAAGUGAAGAGAGCAGCAGCAGCUGUUGUUCAAAGCGUCAUGGUCUCUCCAGGGUUCGGAGGAUUAGAGCCAUUAAUGUGGACAGGUCAGUAGUGGAACAGCUGAUUGAGAUGAUGCCGUUUAUCACCGCUCCACACGAGAUAUCGGUUGGGGGUGAACUAUGGGUUAUGGGUGAACCCCGUGAAGUGUUUGAUGCUGAGGUAACAGAGUCUCUACUGAGGAGCAUCCCAACAACACACAAACUGAAGGCAUUAACACUCUGGGGUAUCAACAUAACAUCAUCACCUGCUGUGGAGUUUAUCAGCAGAGUAUUUAAACAAGGUCUUCCAAACUUGAAGGUGCUCGACAUGUCAUCCAAUCCUCUUCUGGGUGCAGGAGUCGACAGCUUGAUAAAAAAUCUCAGCUGCGCUCCUCACCUGGAGCAACUGUGGCUUGGAGGAGUGAAGAUGACUCCACAGCAAGUGAUGAAUCUCACAUCAGCUGUACAGCAGCACGGAAACAUCGCUUGGCUGCGGUCAGACUACCAC